UUGUACCUUUCUCCCUCUCUUCGCUUUGAAUGUGGUUGUCAGUCACAGCUGGCUAGUUGGCUGUCCUGGAGUUAAGCAACAUCGGUGUGUGAGCUGGGAAAGAGCAAGUCGCUGCAGGGAUUUCUCGGAGCCGAUCCGAGCGUCAGUAAAGAUCCAGAAUGCUGAAAAGAGGAUGAAUCCUUCAGGUCAUCGAAGACAUCGACGUGUCUUUGUUGCUGCCUGUCCCCGGCGGCCUCAUCUGCCUCCCCAAAGUUAACAAUACCCCCCGCAAGUGGCCAUCCCAGAGGGUAGGAAAGGCAAGCCAGCCCCCUGUAAAUAUGCCUGGAUGGAGGUCUCAGUGGCGUCUGGUCCUGCUGAACUCCCUUACCUGUGGCCUGGAGAUCUGUGUGGCAGCAGGAAUCACAUAUGUGCCACCGCUGCUGCUGGAGGCCGGUGUGGAGGAGCGUUACAUGACGAUGGUUUUAGGUAUUGGUCCAGUGCUUGGCCUCCUGUUCACCCCUUUGAUUGGCUCAGCCAGUGACAACUGCAACAGCAGUUACGGAAGAAGGAAGCCCUUCAUCUGGCUGCUGUCUCUGGGAGUCCUUUUGGCCCUUUUUAUCAUUCCCCAUGCCGACAUCCUGGCUGCACACCUUGCCUGGGGAGGACACACUUUCCAGGUUGCUUUCCUCAUCCUUGGAGUUGGCCUUCUUGACUUUUGUGGACAAGUUUGCUUCACACCAUUGGAGGCGCUCCUAUCAGACCUGUAUCGAGACGGGGAGGACUGUAACCAAGCCUUUGCGAUGUUCUCCUUCAUGGUUAGCUUGGGAGGCUGUGUGGGAUAUUUGCUUCCUGCACUGGACUGGAGCCACAGCCUGCUCUCCGUUUACCUUGGAGGCCAGGACCAGUGCCUCUUCUUUCUCCUCCUCCUUAUCUUCAUUCCCAGCCUACUCAUCACUAUGAAGGUUUCCGAAGAACCCUCCGGUGCCAUCAGGGGCUCGCCUGGGGCCUCAUCUUUGCUGGAACCGGCAGCCGGUGCAGUGGAAGAUGGCCGGUGUGGUGCGCCUCGCUCAUGCUGCUACCUGCUAAAGUGCAAGCUAAGGCUGCUCAAGUCUGGACCUCUGCUCUGCUUGCUGAGAACAUGCUGGUCCAUGACCCCCGCCAUUUACAGGAGCUACUGCCAUGUCCCAAGAGUGAUGUGGCAGCUGUGCGUGGCUCAGCUCUGCAGCUGGAUGGCGGUCAUGUCCUUCAUGCUCUUCUUCACAGUCUUUGUGGGCGAAGGCCUGUAUGGUGGCGUUCCCAGUGCAGUACCAGGAAGUGUACCCAGACAAAGAUACGAUGAAGGUAUCCGCAUGGGAAGUUUGGGUUUGGUUCUGCAGUGUGUUACCUCAACCUUCUUCUCAAUGAUCAUGAGUCGAAUGGUUCGCUGCUUUGGGUCCCGCUGGGUUUACCUGAGCAGCAUGGUGAGCUUCACCGUGUCUGCUUUGGUCAUCUGCAUGUCUAAAAGUGUGGUCCUCGUCACAACCAUGGCCGGCCUCACUGGCUACGCAUACGCCGCGUUGCAGACGUUGCCCUACACACUCACUUGCCACUACCACCAGGAGAAGAAGGUGUAUAUGCCAAAAAGGAAAACCAAAAACAGCCGUAAAAAUGGUUUUACAGCUAAUCGAGACUAUUUGACUCCAGUGGAAGAGAAGAGUAUAUUAAAUAACACGGCUGGCCCCUCCUUUGGAAAUGCCUUCCUCAGCCAGGACAUUUACUCCUCUGCUCCCUUCAACCAGAACGGCUCAGCUCAGAACUCCGCUGGCCCCGAGCCAGAGGAGCUGGAGUCAGGGUAUGAAGACCGCGGCGUGGGCCUGGACUUCGCCAUCUUAGAUAGCACCUUCCUCCUCUCUCAGGUUAUCCCCACCCUGCUCAUGGGCACCAUUGUUCAGUUCGCACAAUCAGUCACCACCUAUAUUGCCUGCUCUGUAGUCCUAGGCAUUGUUGCCAUCUAUUUGGCCAAUCAUAUUGUCUUUGAUCAAAAGGAUCUCAAAGGCUGAGACUCAGAUGGGAAACCUCUGAGAAAGAUCGUGGAAGAAUGCCGCGGGGGCUAGGGCGGUGUUUAGCAAUGCACUAUCGCGUAGUAUCCCAGGAGGCCUUGCUCUAUUUUUGUGCAUUUGCACCUUACCAAAAGUGUGCCAUGAUGAGGCAGUAUAGAAAGAGUGAAAAUACAGUUAUGUCAUCAGGGACGUGCCCGCUAGCUUGAAUAGCCAAACAUUUUGCCCAGAGUUUUCCUUUUUCCCCACCAGACUUAUUUACACUUUAUUCAAUUCUCGGGUAUAUACAGGGUAUGAAAAUAACAAUUUGUCCGGUACUAUAACACAAGGUGACACCAAGCGUGAAAAUGGUUGCCUUGUUUCUUCACCUACCAGACAUGCGCGUGAUGUUAUACUUCAGAAAGCCAUGUGCGAAGAAGCUCAAGGGUGAUUGGAGAAAUGACCAUUCUGUCACAUCCAUUGAGGGCCAAUUCAGUCAACAAGUAUGGGAAUGCUUCUAAUGUAUGAGAUACCACUAGCAAAAAUCAACCCCUUGCUGUCUUUUUCUAUCUUCUCAAAGGCCUGUUGAGCAGUCGGAUCGUUUUUGGCUAAUGGAAUGCAUUUCACUAGCUUGAUGAUAUUUGGGAGAUUUUAGACCUGCAUUUUUUUACAUUACUGCUGUCUGGCCUGGAACCAAUGCAUAUAUAAUGUACUGUAUCCCUACAUUGAUUUUUGUAGCUCUGGUCUAGUGCUAACUAGGAAGCGUCAACACAACCCUUUCUCAGAAAUGAAAUUUGUGGCACACUCCGGCUAUCAAAUGUGUCUACAUCCGACUGUCUCUUGUGUUUUAAGUGAAAUGAUGAGAGGACGCCCCUCCCGACUGUCUCUUUAAAAUAUUAGCAAAGAGAGCUCGAGAGUGGGUUAAACCGCAUCCCUAUUGGAGCGUAUCAUCAGUCUUGGUUCAAGAGGUGGUUUAUUAGAACUGGGCUAUGGAUGUCCCCGAGAGUGCAAAAGUGGACUGCUCUAUCUCUGAUCGAGAUAAACAUCUCAGGUUAGCACUUUAUCGUAGUGCCCUCUUCUUUUCAAUGCUAAUGAUGUUCCCUGCUCCACCUUCAUGUUUCCACAUUCAGUAAGUAUGCCCCUUGACAAUCCUGGACUCCCACAAUGACAUUCACAUCUUUCGCCCAUUCCCAAAAGACCAAAUCAAUUGAGUCAAGUCAACCAUUUGGUUACUCGAGAUGACAGUAGGCACUGUGAAAGUGUGUGCGUGUUGUGUUUGUUUACGUGUCUAUGUAGUCAUGCUCAAUAGUCCAUCUAGUGUAAUCCCCAGGCUGUCUUUUCAUUGCACUGUGUUUAUUCUACUAAAGCAGGUUCAUCGAGUUUUAAACACAUGAAUAGUUUUGUCCCAGAACUCAAAGCAAAACUAGUAUUGAGCAGUAGCACAAUAGUUAAAAAAAGUGCCUAUUUUUCUGCCUUUUGUAUUUAUUUAUAAUACUUUUAUUCGGGGGGAAUCGUUUUUAAAAUAUUGGCCUACAGUAUCUGCUGUUGGUGCAAAGAUGAGGGCUAUAUCUGUGAAAAACAUAAAUUAUUUGUAUAGUGAUAUGCAACCAUUCUCAGUGCUAACUUAUUUUAUCAUGAAGACUUUGCCGUCUACCAUCGGAUGUUUUCUUUCACUCUUAUUUGCCAUGCUGUUAGAUCUAGAUUUAUUUUGUCAGCACUUCUUUUAUUGCCAUUAGAAGUCUCCUGUAUUUUUGAAGUAAAUAUAUAUUUUUUUCCGAUUCAUAACUUUAAAGGCUGAAGAGGUUUUUAGGCCCCUCCGUCAAUCAACUAUCUUUUGGGAUUUAUUUUCAAGCCAGUUUAAAGUGCCAAUUUUAGACUCUAAAAUUAUGAUAAAUGUGUUUUUCUAACCAUGUACCACAUGAUAUAACUGAUUGUUGUCAUAGGUGCAUGCAGCCAUGACAGAAGACUUUAUUGUACAUCCAUCAGAUAACCUGACUUCAUAGAUACCGACAUGUGAUCUCCAAACAGCUUUUUAUAAACAAUAAAACAGAAAAUGGCUGACAA